AUGACUUGCCCAGCCCUGCCCGCUACCAGUCGCUAUGGUCCCGACCCCAAUAACCACCCCGACCAAAAAGAACUAUCCAACAUCAUGAGCAAGCUGGACACCGGCUCGAAGGGCAACGCUCCCUUUGUUAUUGGCACUGAUGGCGUCCUCCGAACUCUGACCCUCGACAAUGACGUGAUUGACGCCAUCGGCCUUCCACCUCGACUGAUCAAGGCCUUGCUCGAUCGGACCAUAUUUGACCAGGAGGAUGAAGACAAAUUUCGCGGCGCUGAUGGAACAAAAGUGUCCCAGGAACAGUGGUGGAAGCCAGAUCCAUCGUUAUUACCGCCACCAUUGACGGCGGAGGAGAAAGCAGAGGCCGAGAAGGAUUAUGAGGAGAAUAAGGAUAUCAUUGAGGAGAAUAGAAGGAAAAUGGCCAGUGGGGAGUUGAAACGGCGUCUGAUGCCCUGUGCAUAG